AAAAUACAAGAAUUAAGCAUUUUUACAAUUAUCUCAAAUUGUUUCUUCUUAUACUAUAAAGGAGCUUGUCACAAGAUCUUGAUAAGAAUAGAAAUUAUUGUGACUAGAAAUUCUAUUAUAAAGGGAUAUUCAUCAUAAAUUGGAUACCACCAGAUGAUGAUGAUCAUCGUCAUCAUAAGAUAAUCAGAGUUCACAAAAAGAAAGGUAAAUUGAACGUAAAUUAAAGCCGAUGGAAUCCCUGAGUCGUUCGAAUUCUGGCUCAACUCUAUCUCGCUCGGCAACCCCGACUAUACAACAAUCUAAUUCUCAAGCUCCCAAGGAUUUCGUUACGCGAGUUUUAAGUCCAAGGAUUGCCGUUAUAUCUUCACAAGAUGCAGAUCAAGUUUGUCAAGUUAACAAUUUUCCUGAUUUCCUUUCUCUAAUUAAACCUUUUGGGGAUCUAAUUGAAGGAAGAGUCAAUGUUGAAGAUUCACAAGGUUUAAAGAACCCAGUAGAGAACUUUACGGUUCGUUUUGCUCAUUUGAUGAAUCUAGAGCAACCCGAUGUUCGACUUACUUCUCAGAUUAUUGCCGAAAAAGUAAAAUCGAUCGGUAAACCUACCAUUUUAGAUGAUUUACCACCGAUUUCUAAGAAAUCAGAUGUAAACGAAAAGUAUUUGGCAGUAAAUCAGGAUGAUAUAACACCAUGGUAUUCUGAGUAUCGGCGACUAUUUUUUGCAUUUAUUGGCGUAUCUGAGCAUGACACCUUCGAUCAUCCUGUUGCGUGCAUAAUCGCAGUAAGUUCAUCCGACCCUGAUAUCGAUAACACUUUGCAUCAACUUAGCAAUACAACGCCGCCAGCACCUAUUUUUGAAAAAGGUUUUAUGGAUCCGAAUAUUCUAAAAUAUUAUGUACUUUUACACGAUAAUCACAAAGUGUCCCUGGAGCACUCUGAGGAAGUUUUUGAAAAAAUGAAACGAACUUAUAAGCUUGAUUGUCAUUUAUUGAAACUAAAUUCUAUAUCUUUAACGGUUCCAUCCGAGAAGAAUGAUCCUUUUUCUGUGCCAACUUCCCCUAUUAAAUCUAGUAAUUUUGUGACAGAUAUAUGGACAUCUUGUAUCAAUGAAAAUAAAAUCCUUCAGGCUCUUCUUUCUACUCCAUCUUCUUCGCAAUCAACUUCUUCUGAACAUCACUCUCGUCAGAGUUCAUUAACUUCACUUUCAAGUUAUUCUCUUCCAUUAUCUCCUACCAUGUCAACCUUAAGUUCUCCGACAUCAUCUUUUAACGAGGAAAUGAUUUUCAGUAAAGAGAACCUUGGAGCUGAUCUACAAAAUGCUAUUGAUUUUAAUCUUGUAGGAAAUAUUGCACCACCACCUGUUAUAUAUGGUCAAUACUUAAGUGAGGAGGACAUUGUUGGCAUUCAUACUUUUAUAGGUGAAUUAGUCAGGAAAAGUUUAAUACCUUAUAUGGAAAGAAAUAUUCGACAGUGGAAUGAACAGGUGGCAUCAUCACGACGCGGAAUUACUGGUCGUCUUUUUAGUGCCGGUAGACGUUAUUUUAGUACAGGGUCAAAAUCAAUAACAAUGAAUUCACAAUCAGCACAAUCUCCUUACGUAUCUAAUCCUCAUAAUAAUAAUCUGGUUACUCCAAUAUAUGCAUAUAAUACGCCUGAAGCUCAAAUGCGUAAAUUAGCGGAUUAUGCAUUUAUGUUACGAGAUUAUAAAUUCGCGCAUUCCGUGUAUGAUACGGUUAAAAAAGAUUUUUCGGCAGAUAAAGCAUGGAAGUUUUAUGCUGGUGCUCAAGAAAUGAUUGGUAUCUGUCUUCUGAUGGCCUCAACAAAUAUUGGAAAAGAUAUCGAUCAUUAUUUUGAGCAAUCUGUAAAUGCCUUUCUUAACCGUGCUAAAGCACCAUUUUAUGCAACAAAAGCAACUUUGUUAUAUUAUGAAAUGUUAAAAUUUAGGAAUUUGUAUAAAGAUGCGCCAGCAGCAUUAGUUAGAAUGACCAGUGAUGACUCUGAUUUGAGUAGUGCAUUUUUUUUGGAGCAAGCUGCGCUCGCUUUUCUGAGAUGUCCCAGACCAAUGAUUCGAAAAUACGCAUUUCAUAUGAUUAUGGCUGGUCAUAGAUAUGGGAAAUGUAACCAGCGUGAGCAUGCGUAUAGGUGUUAUCUCGCCGCUUCAAAAGUUUUUGAAAAUCAUUCUUGGUCAUUAGUUGAAGAUCAUAUUCAUUUCACUCUCGGUCGACAAUCAUUUCAUUUAGGUGACCUUGAUACGUCUCUUAAGUUUUUCUUGAAGUUAUUAAGAGCAAGUCGUCAGCCAGCUACACAACAGAGUGCAUAUUUGAAAGAAUUCUUAUUUAUUUAUAAGCAAUAUUCCUUAAAGAAUGAUAAAGAUUUCAAUUUAAAACCACAAGAACUACCCAUUCCGAUAAUUGAUAGUUCUUCUGUUAAGGUUGUGUUAUCCAACCACCAAUCUAACGAUUAUGACGAAAUUUGGGGGAUAAUGGAAAAAGAAUUUCUAGAAGAGGGUUUCACUGGAUUAGAUAUUUAUGGAAAACCAAGAAAAAAGCCAUCUCUGUUAGGUAGUGAUUUACAUAGAACCGUCUGUGCUGUAGGAGAACCGUUUUUUGUCCAACUCAAUGUUCACAACCCAAUGCACAUUCAAAUAAAUAUCAAUGAUUUGAUUUUAGAAUGUGAAUAUAUUCCUUUAGAGGAUUCCAGUAGUCCAUAUGAAGUAAAUAACAAAGAACUGUCACAGAAAAAUGAGAAUAUAGAUAAUGCAGAUAUAAAGUUUAUUAAAUUUGAAGCAUUUGACUUGGAAAUCCUUCCAGAAGUGUGCUUACAAGGGUUGGAAGAGAAAACGAUAUCUUUACGCGUAUUACCUAAGAAACAAGGUACACUUAAAGUCCUUGGACUUCAAUAUACUCUAAAUUCUCUUGUUCAUGGAAUAAAAAAGUUCUUGAGACACGGAAAACGCUUAAACGACACAAAAGAGCAACGUAUGAGUGUAGUUUACGCUACAGAUCGAUCAUUAGACCUAAUGGUGACAUCUCCAAUGCCAUUGCUUGAAGUUGCUUUUCAUUCUUUUCCAGAAUUAUUAUUUUCUGGAGAAGUAACUCAGGUUGUAUUGGAAAUAAACAACAAAGGACAAAAAGGCCUUACUGACCUACGAGUGAAAAUGAGCCAUCCCAGCUUUUUUUGUAUUGGUGAUGCUGAGAUGUUGGAACAAAAAAUUUAUGAUAAUGGUUCGCUGAAAACCGAGAAAUUAAAAAUAAAAAAUUCGAUUUUUAAUUCCAACAUAAAGAAUAUUCCAUUACCACAAAAAGAAUGUAUAAAUCCAGAUUCAACAUCGUUUUCACUUGCACCUGGUAAAACAACCUUAAUACCAAUUUGGAUUCGUGGAGACCGCAUUGGAAAACAUAUGUUCCGAUUUUUAUUUACUUAUGAAUCAGAGGACAAUAAUAUGGCUAUGAAAUAUAGAAGCCUUCGUUAUUUUAAAACAACACAAGUUUUACCUUCGCUUAAAAUUAAUGCUUUUACCAGACCAAGCACUCGAGGUUUAAACGAAUUUAUUUUGGGUGUAGAGAUCGAAAAUUUGCAAAGUGAUGAGAAAUUUCAGUUGGUUCAGCUUUCUUCAAUUAGCCCUUCUUGGAUAAUAUCACCCAUAAAUAACGAAUCAAGCGAAGAUGCGGAUUCUAAAUCUUCAAUAAUUCCACGGCAGACUAUAUUUAUUUAUUAUAGAAUAAAUAGAAUUGAAAAGCAUUCCACAAAUGAUAAUGUUAAUGAGACUAACUCAGAAAGUAACGAUACAACUGAUAUAACUCCAGAAGCAUUCACGUCUAAUGCAUUAGAACGAUUAUUAAUAGGCGAAAAGAACUUACAAUCAGAGCCAUCUCCAAUAAAUCUUACUAUAACAAAUAUUCCCUUUAGAGACCGUACGAUUAAUAAUUCGGCAAAACCGUUAGAAGGAUUUUCAAUGAAUUCGCGUGUUCAAUGGAGAUCUAACACUUUAUUAAAUCAGUUCCCCUUCAUAUCCUCAAAUAAGUAUCAUAAUAUUUUCACACUAUAUAAUACAAACGAUGUCGACUUAGCAUUAUAUUGGAACAUAUCUUCUGUAUCCUCAGACGUAUCUUCGACCCCAUUACAACGCCAAGGACAUCAUUACAUUGUUGGUAUAAACCUUGGAGUUCAACAAAAUCCCUUUCAAGGUUUAAGUAUAUACUCAGCUCCUAAUAGAGCAUUAUUUGAACAAACUAUCAGAGAGCGAGCUUUACUUUUAAACAGUUUGUCUAAAAAUAAGAAUUUUAAGGAUGAUAGUCCUUUGAAGCUUGUUAUACAAUGCAUGGACAUAUAUGAGCACGAUUUUGAACUUCAAAGUUUUUGCAUUGUUCCUAUUACAAUAUCUAUAAAAAAUUGUUCUUGGAAUAAAAAAAUUGGAUUUACACUAGAGAUGAUUUCACCUGAUCAACAUGAAACAAACAGAAGCAAUGCAUUUCACAAAGUUAUAACACCGAUGAUAUUUCAUUGGAUGGGAUCCACACUUAAAUAUGCUACAUUAUCAGCUAAUGAAGAACAAACGUUCGUGGUUAAAGCAUGUUUUAAUAGAUCUGGGGUAUAUGAUAUAAAUCGAUGGCGUUUAACAGUAAAGUAUGAUGAUCAAAAUGCUUCAGGAGGAAGAAAUGAAAGUAGUGGGGGAAUGAAAGGAUAUGUACAAAUGCCCAAUACACCACAUCUUUUAACUAUAAUUGAUGUUAGGAAAUAAUCGGGAAAUAAGGAUAAUUCUUGUAUUUAUAUUUUAGUACGCGUUGCAUUAAAAUAUUUACAUUAAUCGUACAGUUACUACACGAUGUUUGAAUUUUCUACACGAGUUUCACGUAUCUUUUUCUUUGCCUUUAAUUUUUCUAUUUCAAUUAAAAUCUCAUCUCGAGUAGUAGGGGGACGAUUUGUUUUUUCUGGCCAGAAUUUGAUCUGUUUUACAUGGCUAUCAUAAAAUUCAGGAGCACCAAAAUAAUACAUCGUAGCUAUUGGGAAAAAGAUAUAGACACUAAACUUUGAUAAAAGAAAAAAAGAGAUUAGUUUUAAACUUGAGAAUAAAUAAU